AUGUCGUCCGUAAGCGCCUCUCGACUCUUGCUGCCUUCUAUUGAGCGAUCACUCUGCUCAAGAUGUAUGUAUCGUCACACCACCACCACCACCACCUCGAGUCUCCGCUGGAACUCAUCCGCUGCGGCACCGAGCUCUCCAUUGCUGGCCAAACUCAAACAGGACCUGAAAGCUGCAAUGCGCGCUAAAGACCAAGCCAGACUGACCGUGAUCCGCGGAACAAUCUCAGAGAUCAACCAAGCCGCCAGCUCCUCCACGCCGAUUACGACGGACAUGCAGAUCCUUGCUCUGCUCCGGAAGCGACGGUCAUCGAGCGAGACGGCCAAACAAGAAGCCAUCGACGCCAAACGACCCGAGUUUCUCGAGAAGUUGGACUUGGAAAUUGCGGUCGUCGAUGAACUGAUGGGCACUGUGUCCAUGAUGGACGUGGCCGAGAUGCGCAGCAUUGUCCGCGCCACAGUAGAGUCAAUAAGAGGAGGUCAGCAGGGAGGAGGUGAAGGAGGAGAGCUGAAACCCGGCCCCGUCAUGAAAGAGCUCUUGCGGCCGGGAGGACCGUUGCAAGGAAAACCGUUGGAUAACAAAGUGCUCGCUGAGGUGGUCAGGGAAGAGUGCUUUAGCAAUCAUGGCAAUAAGUAA